AUGCAAGAUUUGCAGUUGAUUUGGAUAGGCGAUCUACAGAUUCCAAAUUCGUGUACUGGUGGAAAUAAUGCGAUCUUCCAAGUUCAUGAAUAUCACAAGAUGUUGAACAUUGGCUUUCUGGACAAGAUUGUAAUUGGUAAUUCAUCAGAGACUGAAAGAAUAAAUUGGACUGUUAAAAGUGUCAUUGGGGAGAAGAUGGUAUCAAAUCCACAUGCCACUAUUGAAAGGAAUUCAGACGGUUCAUUCCUUAUUAGUGACGAAAGCACUCAUGGAACAUAUGUCAACUUCGUCCGCGUUUUAGGCAAGGUUGCUUUGAAGGAGAACGAUGUAGUAUGUUUUGGUUAUAAAUAUGGCUUGCAAAUUAAACAUGGAGGUUGUGUCAAGCCCUUCAAGUGGGAUUUGAAAUAUAAGGUAACUGUAAUUAUCUUAGUACAUCUAGUUCCAAUUGAAAAAAACGAUUUCUCCGUAAAUUUUUGUAAAUGCAUUGCUUCAAGGAGGAGCAAUGGGGAUAUAUAUACCACUUCGAUUUCACAAAGAGUCAAUUGUAAAGAAGAUAUUAAAAGAAAGUGUGUUGCCUAUAAAAUUGUUAAACAAAUGGAGGCAAAUAACGAAGCUAUAUUGACGACAGAAAAAAUAUUCAAUACCGUAGCAAAGCGAAGAGCUGCUACUAACUCUACACAGAGUGAUAGUGAGUUUGAUUAUGGAUCCCGAAGACAACAAUCAAGCUCAUCUCCCCGUGUGCAUUUGUCUUCACCUCCUGUUGAACGAGACGCAACCAAACGCCGCGGUCUCUCAGUGCAUAAAAAACCAAACCAGAAGUCAAAUAGGUCUGACAAUGAACUAUUUAAAUCAAUUCCUAUUGAACCAAACAAAGCCAGCCUUCCUAAAAAUUUAAUGCGGAUAGCUCCAAAGUUGUCAAUAUCAUUAUCAGUCAAUGAUCCACCAGUUCCAAUCCCAAUUGAAGUAGUCAGAACCAAACGUCAUAAACAAGUGCCGAAUUGUAAAUCAGAUCAAAUAGCAUUUAUUUUUACCAGUGGGCCAUCAACUUCGAUUUCUGUUAAAGAGACCACAAAUAAGCAUUGUGAGAUAACAUUACAUUCGGCAUCAAACAGAAAACCAAAUAAGUCUAUCUAUAAACAAUCAACUGUGCUCCCAAGUGAUGUUGGCAAAAUCAAACGUUGUGGAUUGUCAACGCAUACGACAUCAAACCGUCUACAUCAAUUGCUGUUGAACUAA